UCUCAAGCACCACGGCUCACACUGGAAGAGCUUUAGCAAAGCUGACAGCGAACAGGAAAUCUACAGAGUGACACAAUGACAUGGAGAUUAGUGUCAUCAGCCCUCCAGCGAGACUUCAACACAACUCCAAUGAACUGACAGAAAGGGGAUGUUCUCGAAUGUGACAACUUUCCCAGUUGCGUGCUGAAAAUCAGAGGGCGAGACGGCUCAGGUGAGCACUUCCUCCAUAUAAUAGAGUGCAGUUCACAGAACAAUCGCCAACACACUGUUGCCAGGUGUGACUUCACAGAAGACCAAACAAACUCUGAGGCAUUAGUUGAGAGGACCGACUGUACCCGUAGAGCUUCAUCAAGACCUCACUUUACUGACACAACACUCACCUGUCAAAUCAAACUCUACUUUAACUUGGACUUUAACACUUGGGAUCCAAGGAGGACUCUGUACUUUGCAAGCGGAGGAACUUCUAGUAGCAAAAGCAAGUAAAAACACCAAAGCUGCUCCCAGUAAAGAGUCCUUCAAAUACGCCUAACAAGUCCUGUCAUGCUAGGUCACACAUCUAACGUUAGCUGGUUUCAGCCCUACCCCGAAUCCCUGACAUUGAAACGUGGGCGUGAGAAGUUACCUGACUGUACCUGCACACCUUAACAGAAUCAACAUUUCUCCCACCGCAGUCUGUCACUUAUGUUCUCAAACUACUGAAGAAACCGAGAAAUUAAGAUGCCACUAAGGACGUCAUUACGCAAUUCAAAAUCUGGAAAGUGGACGAGGAGAGUAUCAAACCGAAAGGAGGUUGUGUCGGUCAACAUGAUCAGUCUUCCUCUUGGGGACUUCCGCCAUCUUUCCCACAUCGGAUCGAAGGGAAACUCGGACAGCUUUGGCGAUCUCUCCUUCUUGAAGGCGGGUCACAGUCUUCUCCUUCAGAGUUCUCAAAGCGAGCAGAACCUCUUCCUCGCCUGCGCGCCGCCACCGAAGCCUCCGCGCAUAAACCUGGAUGAGGAAGAAUCGGGCCGAUACAAUCCGAUCUGGGAACACACGCCAGCCAAUCAGAGGCAGAAAUGCAGCUCGCUACCCCUCUUGGAAACCGACGAAUGUGACGAGGAGGAAGAGCGUUUGCGUCUUGAGCCGACCAGCAUCAGCAGAAGUCCUGCUCGUGGAAGUCUGAGCUCUGGCCAAGCUUCAACACAAACAAACUCAGAGGAAACACAGCCAGAUGAGACGGACACGGCUUUCACGUUCAGUUUGGAUCUGGGACCAUCGAUACUGGACGCUGUACUACAGGUGAUGGACAAACACUACCAGUAGACAACUGACACCAAGAAGCGCCACAGACUGUUAAAGGAAUAAUUCUGCAAUUAUUUUCUCACCCUCAUACCGCUCCAAACCGUAUGCUGUUAUUGUUUCUGUGAAGCACAAAUGGAGACUUUUAGCAGAAUCUGUUUAUAGUGAUCAUGAAUCACAGAAGCUUUAAAGUAGUCUAUACGACUUGUGCGCUAUAUUCCAAGUCUUCUGAAGCUAUUUGGUGGAUUUGUGUGAAGGACAGACUGAAAUGUAAAAAAAAAAAAAAAAAUAUUCACUGAUAAUGGUCCCCUCAAGUGAGCUAUUAACUCUGCAAAGAAAUCGAGUCACUGAGUUGAACUCGAGAACCGGAUCGUUAUUGAGUGAUUCUUUUGAGCCGGUUCUUUUCGAUGAACCAGAUGAUUAUCGUCAAUGAAUGAUUCGUUUGAGCUGGUUCCUUUUGAUGAACUAGAUGAUUAUCAAUAAUGAAUUAUUUUUUUAGCCGGUUCUUUUUAAUGAACCGGAUGAUUAUCGUCAAUGAAUGAUUCUUUUGAGCCGGUUCCUUUUGAUGAACUAGAUGAUUAUCGUCAAUGAAUGAUUCUUUUGAGCCGGUUCCUUUUGAUGAACUAGAUGAUUAUCGUUAACGAAUGAUUCUUUUGAGCUGGUUCUUUUUAAUGAACCAGAUGAUUAUCAUCAAUGAAUGAUUCUUUUGAGCUGGUUCCUUUUGAUGAACUAGAUGAUUAUCAUUAAUGAAUGAUUCUUUUGAGCCGGUUCUUUUUAUUGAACCGGAUGAUUUUGGUGAUGAGUGAUUCUUUUGAGCCGGUUCUUUUCGAUGAACCAGAUGAUCAUCUUUAAUGAAUGACUCUUUUGAGCCGGUUCUUUUUAAUGAACCGGAUGAUUAUCGUCAAUGAAUGAUUCUUUUGAGCUGGUUCCUUUUGAUGAACUAGAUAAUUAUCAAUAAUGAAUAAUUUUUUUAGCCGGUUCUUUUUAAUGAACCGGAUGAUUAUCAUCAAUGAAUGAUUCUUUUGAGCCGGUUCCUUUUGAUGAACUAGAUGAUUAUCGUUAACGAAUGAUUCUUUUGAGCUGGUUCUUUUUAAUGAACCGGAUGAUUAUCAUCAAUGAAUGAUUCUUUUAAGCCGUUUCUUUUCCAGGAACCGGAUGAUUUUGGUGAUGAGUGAUUCUUCUGAGCUGUUUAUUUUCAAUGAACUGGCUGAUUAUAGAUUAUGAAUGAUUUUUUGAACCGAUUCUUUUCAAUUAUCCAGAUAAUUAUCAAUAAUGAAUGAUUCUUUUGAGCCAGUUCUUUUCCAUGAACCGGACGAUUAUCAUCAAUGAAUGAUUCUAUCGAGCUGAUUCUUUUCUACAGACUGAACGAUUCACUCACGAAUCAGACUGAUCCGAUUCUCGAGUUCAACUCUCUGACUUGAUGCGGUCAUUUGCCAAUUUUGUUACUUAACAGAUGUGGUCACUAUGAACUGUUGUGGAAAAGAGCUGCUUAAAGAUUCUGCUAAACAUCUCCUUUGUGUUCCAUAAACAACAUAAGAUCAUAUGGAAAUGAUGGAAAGUAAAUAAUGUCAAAAAUGUCAUUUCUGGGUGAACUAUUCCUCUAUUGGCGCUGUAACUUUCACUGUAGGAAGUUUGUUGGACAAGCAGCAGUUUUGAUUCUGAUCACUGAACAUUUGAACUGUGCACAACAAUAACACAACUGAACAUUUGCUUCAUAUUGCUCAACUUAAUCUUUCUUCCUGGAAAUGGAUGAUUGGGAAACUGUUUGGGACACUAAAUUAUGUUAUUACAGCCAAACCCUACACCCUUUUUUUAUAUAUAUAUAUAUAUAUAAAACAUCCCACCCUUCAUUUGAAAUCUGAUUUGUGCCAUUACAUAAAGUUGUGUAAGAGUUGCUGACUAUCUGCACUGAUAUAUAAGCAAUCUGACCUUUCAAGAGAUUGUCAAGAUAGAGCUGCAAGUUCUUGAAUCAUUCUGAUGCAGCUUUGAUCAAUGUGUGCUGAAGUCUAGUUAAUAAUUAAUGAGCUUUUAUUUCACCUCUUCAAACGUGUACUGUGAUUUCCUUAUCUGCUUUCUGAGCGCCACUCCUUUGCAUUAGUAUGUCUAAAAAAUGAAUGGUGAGUCGUUAAAACAUUUUGAUGACUUGUCCAAUUACACCUAGA